AGCAUGGUGAAACCUAUACUUGAAGAUACUGUAAAACUGUUGGUGUCAAACAUAAGUUCAGAACGGUGUUGGAAAAUAGCAGAUUUGGGAUGCUCUUCGGGGCCAAAUUCACUCGUUUUUGUGUCAAACAUGUUAAGGGUCAUGGAUAAUGUUAGCAUGAGCUUAAACCAGGGUACGCCACGCGAAUUGCAAAUUUACAUGAAUGAUCUAUUUGGAAAUGAUUUCAACUGCAUCUUCAAGUUGAUCCCUGACUUCUUCCAAAGAACACAGAAGAAAAGAACGACAACCAUCUUCACGGAAGACUUUUUCCUGAUGAUUACAGUCCAUUCUUUCAUUCUUCUGACAGUCUUCACUGGCUAUCACAGGUCAAUUAUAUUCGAUGAUAUAUUUAAGAAAUUAACAUCAUUUCGUUUUAACUGCAUGUGCUUGUGUUCUAUUCUAUAUAUACAAUUGAAUUUACGAAAGUUAAAUUGUUGCCAUGGUAUCAUGCAGGCACCAAAAAGCUCGAGAAACACAGACGAACCACUCAACAAGGGAAAUAUUUGUGUAACAAGUACAAGCCUUCCUUCCAUCCGUGAAGCAUACUUUAGCCAAUUUGAAAAGAAUUUCGAACUUUUUCUAAAAUCACGUUCAGAGGAAGUAAAGUCAGAUGGUAUUAUGGUACUUACAUUCAUCGGUAGAGAUGAAACCCAUAAAUUGGUAAUCCCAGAGGUAGUUGGAAUGGUACUCAAUGACAUGGUCCAAGAGGGUUUACUUGAAGAGAAAAAAUUAGACUUCUUUGAUCUUCCUGUAUAUGGUCCCACUGCUGAAGAAGUUAGACAAGUGAUUGAAGAAGAAGGAUCCUUUGCCAUUCAAACAUUGAGGACUUUCAACAUAGGUUGGGAUGCAAAUCUUCACGAGGAUGUCGAUGAUUCUAUACUUGAUAGCAAAAUGAAAGGAGAGUUCGUAGCCAAGUCCAUUAGAGCUAUUUUUGAACCUCUUUUGUCAGUUGAGUUUGGGGAAGAUACCACGGAUGAAUUGUUCAAAAGAUUUGAAAAGAAAGUUUCCCAACUCAUUGAAUUUCAGACUUUGGAGUAUACUAAUGUGUCAGUGUCCUUGGCCAAAGUUUCUUGAAGAUAUAUAUUUUGUUGGGUUAAUUAUAAUCAAAUGUUUUGGAUGACUUAGUUAUUUUGGAUUUUUACUAU